CUUCUCGUCUUCCCCGUAAACAAAGGAAUAAAGAAUAUGGGGCCAUGGUAAGAAAACCGUUGUGAACUGCAACUCUCUAUGCUUAGCUAGCCUGCCAUCCAGUCUCUUCGAUUCUCCCAUCUCACCGUUCCCAUUUCUCUUCAAUUAAUGACCAAGCUAGAGAAAGGAGAAGAAAAAGGUGGAAGGGAGGAAAUCAGUGGUGGCAGAAGAAGGAAGCAGUAGCCUUCUGCUCUCUUUCCCAGUACGAAGUCGAUCUUCCAACUUCCCAGGAUCACAAAUUCAACUUCUUCUCGAACUAAGAGAAGAUUUCCCUGCUUUAUCUGAUGAUGUCGCCCCAAAGCUGACAACUUUUCUCCUCCAGCAAUUUGUAAAUUGAAUUUAUCGCGGCCCCCGAAAAUGGCGAAGAGGAUGAUGCGCAGGGUAGCAGGGAUGAACAUUGAACAAGUUGCGGAGGUCUUCAAUGCUCUUUAUGAAGAGAAGAAGCCCUUUUCCCCGUUUUUGAUCCCUUUGCUGUUGUUUCUUUGGUGCAUUGAGAGAUGGGUUUUCGCUCUGUCCAAUUGGGUUCCUCUUGGUGUUGCGGUUUGGGCUCUUCUGCAGUAUUCGAAUCAUCAGAAAAGAAUGCUUGUGGAAGAUCUGAACAGAAAGUGGAAGCGAGUUAUAUUAAGAACAUCGGCAACAACUGCUGUAGAACACUGUGAGUGGCUGAACAAGAUGUUGCUGGAAAUUUGGCUGAAUUAUUUCAACCCAAGGCUUUCGACAAGGUUCUCGAACAUAGUGGAGGUUGGAUUUCUUUUCUAUCUUGUUACUAACAUAGAAUGGGUUGAACUGCAGGAGUUUUCGCUAGGCUCAUCCCCACCUAGAUUGGGCCUUAAUGGUACUCGCUGGGCAACUUCAGGUGAUCAGCUAGUCAUGCACAUGGGUUUUGAUUGGGACACUCGUGACAUGACCAUCAUGCUGUUGGCUAAACUCGCAAAGCCUUUGGGAACUGCUCGUAUUGUUAUUAACAGCCUGCAGAUCAAGGGCGAUCUUCUCUUGAUGCCAAUUUUGGAAGGCAGAGCAUUUCUUUACUCUUUUGUGUCAACUCCCGAUGUAAGAAUAGGAGUUGCUUUCGGAAGUGGGGGAAGCCAAAAUCUACCUGCCACUGAGCUUCCCGGGGUUUCCUCUUGGCUGGUCAAACUUUGCUCUGACACCUUAGAUAAAACAAUGGUUGAGCCUCGACGUCGAUGUUUCUCCUUACCGGCUGUGGACUUGAGAAAGAAGGUUGUUGGUGGGAUUGUACAUGUAACGGUUGUUUCAGCUAGUAAAAUUUCUAGGGCUAGUUUUAAGGGAAGUCCAACAAGAAAGCUGGAACAGAGUUCAGAAGAGGGUGUUAAUGAUAAAGAUUACCAGACAUUUGUGGAAGUCGAGCUUGGUCAAUUAACACGGAAGACAAAUGUACGGCCAGGCUCAAGUCCUAAAUGGAAUUCGACUUUCAACAUGGUGCUACAUGAAGAAACUGGAAUGUUGCGGUUCAAUCUUUGCAACUGUAACCCUGGCAGUGUGAAGUAUGACUAUCUAGCAAGUUGUGAGAUCAAGAUGAAGUAUGUUGCAGAUGAUUCAACAGUUUUUUGGGCAAUAGGGCCUGACUCUAAUAUAAUUGCGAAGCAUGCUGAGUUCAGCGGAAGAGAAGUCGAAAUGAUUGUUCCAUUCGAAGGGCCAAACUUUGGGGAGUUGGCUGUGAUGCUUGUGGUAAAGGAAUGGCAAUUCUCGGACGGUACACACAGCCUGAACAAGUACAAAAGCAGCUCUCAACAAUCUGUGGAUGGAUCAUCGAUUCUUCCAUCAAGAACUGGACGAAAGAUCAAUGUAACGGUUGUGGAAGGACAAGAUUUAACUGUCAAAGAAAGAUCUGGCAAGUGUAACCCAUAUGUCAAGUUGCAGUAUGGAAAGGCAGUCCAGAAGACCAAGACUUCAGACUCUCCCAACCCUACCUGGAACCAAAAGUUUGAAUUUGAAGAGAUUGGAGGAGAUGAAUACCUUAAGAUCAAAAGCUAUACCGAAGAAGUGUUUGGAGAUGAAAGCAUCGGUAGUGCAAGGGUAAAUUUGGAAGCUUUAGUUGAGGGUUCAAUAAGGGAUGCAUGGAUUCCUCUGGAGAAAGUAAACUCAGGAGAACUGCGGCUUCAGAUAGAAGCAGUGAAAGUUGAUGAGGAUGAUGGGUCAAAGAGCAUGACAUCAAGUUCACCUGUUGGCUGGAUUGAACUUGAAAUCAUUGAAGGGAGGGACCUUAUUGCUGCCGAUCUUAGAGGGACAAGUGAUCCAUACGUUAGGGUGCAAUAUGGAAACUUGAAGAGGCGGACAAAGGUAGUCUUCAAAACUCUCACUCCACAAUGGAACCAGACGUUAGAGUUUCCUGAUGAUGGCAGUCCCUUGGAGUUGCAUGUCAAAGACCACAAUGCCUUGCUACCUGGAUCCAGUAUAGGUGACUGUGUUGUAGAGUAUCAAAGGUUGCCUCCAAACCAAACUUUCGACAAGUGGAUACCUCUGCAAGGCGUGAAAAGAGGCGAGAUACACAUUCGAGUCACCAGGCGAGUCCCUGAACAACCAAAGAGAACUAGUUCGGAUUCCGAAGGCUAUUUGAGCAACUCUCAUCAAAUUACAGGCCAGUUGAAGCAGAUGAUGGGCAAGCUCAAAUCUUCUGUCGAAGGUGGGAAUCUUGAUGCAGUUUCAUUAGCUUUGAGUGAGAUGGAAAGUGUAGCAGAGGCUCAAGAAGAGUACAUGGUGCAGCUCGAGACCGAGCAAAUACUUCUGCUUAACAAGAUAAAAGAGCUUGGUGAAGAAAUCAUCAACGCUCCACCAGUCUUGGAAAGAAGAUCCUCUUCUGCAAUAUAACAUCCUCUACUUUUCCUCCAUUAUACAGGCCGUCAUUAGAUAUUGAAAGAGCAAAUUUGUAUCAAACCAGUAGCAGUACAUCAAAAUCCACCCGACCCACCCAAUGCCCACCCCUACCUGGGAGUGUUCAUCCCAACUUUCCUUCCAUUUUGUUCCUGCAUUCGAAACAGGGAUAAGAUUCUCAAAUGCUAAAAUCGCCAUAGCUGGGCAUUUUCCAAUAUCGUUCAAAGUCAUGAGCUUUGCGACUGCUAAAUUAUCAGAGCUCCCACUCAGAGGCCACUCCUCUUUCUUCACACAACCCUUCUGCUCCUCGCUGCGAACCAACAAGUACGUCAGAACCCAGAACCCGAAAUCGAGAAACUCCAAUUCCCCAAAUUCCACCUGGUUGUCCAAGUGGCCUCCGAAGGGGAAUUCGGUUCGAGGUUCUCCCAAGAAAGAGGUCAGCCGGAAUGUGAACGAGGAGAAGGCUCGAUAUUUGGCGAGGGAGAAAGGGGAGACUGCAAUUGAGAGAAUCGUGCUUCGGUUGAGAAAUUUGGGUUUGGGUCCUGACGACGAGGAAGGAGGAGGAGAAGAAGGGAGGGAGGAAACCCGGAUUCUGACCGCCGAGUUGCCGCCGGUUAAUGGGGAGGAGAGACUGGCGGAUCUUUUGAAGCGGGAGUGGAUUAGGCCGGACACUGUUUUGGAUGAGGACGAUGACAGUGACGAUGAAAUGGCGUUGCCGUGGGAGAGAGAAGAGAAAGAGAAGGAGAUGCAGGGAAGGGAGGAAGAUGGAGGGAGGGAAAGGAAGAGGAGACCGAAGGCUCCGACUUUGGCCGAACUGACAAUUGAUGAUGAAGAAUUGAGAAGGCUGAGAAGGAUGGGCAUGACUUUGAGAGAGAGGAUCAAUGUGCCAAAAGCUGGGAUCACCCAGGAAGUUUUGGAGAAGAUUCAUGAUAAAUGGCGAAAAGCUGAGCUGGUUAGGCUCAAGUUCCAUGAGUUUCUCGCACAUGACAUGAAAACUGGCCACGAGAUUGUCGAGCGUCGUACAGGAGGGUUAGUUUUAUGGAGGGCAGGAAGUGUUAUGAUUGUUUAUCGAGGAGCUAAUUACCAAGGGCCGAAAUCUACUUCAGAAUUGGCUAGGAAAGAAGAGGAAUCUCGAUUCAUUCCAGAUGUGUCAUCUGCUGAUUCAUUCAAAAGUGAUGAGGCGGCAUUGCCAGAUCCAGAGAAGUCUAUACUACCAGUUGUGAGGCCACCACAACUGACUGAGACCUUGACUGAGCAGGAAAUCGAAUAUAACAAGCUCUUGGAUGGUUUAGGGGCCCGUUAUGAGGCGUGGUGGGGUACUGGAGUGCUUCCCGUGGAUGCUGAUUUACUUCCACCUAAAGUUCCUGGUUACAUGACGCCUUUUAGGUGUCUUCCUACUGGAAUGAGGCCUCGCCUUACCAAUGUUGAGAUGACUAAUUUGAGAAAACUUGCUAAAUCACUUCCCUGUCAUUUUGCCCUUGGUAAUGCUGUGUCUGUCUUCCUUGAAUACCUGAAUUUUCAGAUGUUCAGUUCGCUUACUGACUUUUGGCACUUGUUCUUUACUUUCACCAGGGAGGAACCGAAACCAUCAAGGGCUGGCAGUUGCAAUACUCAAACUGUGGGAGCAAAGCCUAAUUGUGAAAAUUGCUGUGAAGCGAGGGAUACAGAAUACGAAUAACAAGCUAAUGGCCGAGGAAAUAAAUCAAUUAACAGGAGGCGUCCUGUUGCUUAGAAACAAAUAUUAUAUUGUCAUUUUCCGUGGGAAGGAUUUCCUGCCUGCAAAUGUAGCUUCACAAUUGGCUGAGAGGCAAGAAAUGACCAAGCAAAUUCAAGACAAUGAAGAGAAAUUAAGAAGCAACCUAGAGGCAUCACCAUCAGGCAAAGAAGGUGAAGGAAAUGCACUUGCAGGGACCUUGGCAGAGUUUUAUGAAGCACAAGCACGAUGGGGAAGAGAUACAUCUGUAGAAGAGCAUGAAAAGAUGGUUGAAGAAGCUGCCAAAGCUAAAACUGCUCGGCUCGUCAGACGAAUCGAGCAUAAGCUAGCUAAUGCUAACAGCAAGAAGCUUAGAGCCGAGAAAUUGUUAUCAAAGAUAGAAGCCUCCAUGGUUCCUGCUGAUCCAGAUUAUGAUAGAGAAACAAUCACUGAUGAGGAAAGGAUUGUGUUCAGGAAAAUUGGGCUAAGAAUGAAGCCAUACUUGCCUAUGGGCAUUCGUGGUGUUUUUGAUGGAGUUAUUGAGAACAUGCAUUUGCAUUGGAAGUAUAGAGAGGUUGUGAAGCUAAUAACCAAACAGAAGACAAUGACAUUUGUUGAAGAUACAGCUAGACUGCUGGAAUAUGAGAGUGGUGGGAUACUAGUGGCAAUAGAAAGAGUACCAAAAGGUUAUGCUCUCAUUUACUAUCGUGGGAAGAAUUACCACCGUCCCAUUAGCUUGAGACCAAGAAAUCUUCUUACAAAAGCAAAAGCAUUGAAGCGUUUCGUAGCAAUGCAACGCCACGAGGCUCUAAGUCAGCACAUAUUUGAGCUGGAGCACACAAUAAAACAAUUGAAAGCCGAAAUUGGUUUAUCAGAGGAUGAAAGUUCUGAUAAUUGGAGCACAGGUGCAUCACUAUUGGUAGAUUCUAACUCAGACUUCACUGAAGUAGAGGAUGAAGCUUCAUAUAUAGCAUCUGAUGAGGAUGUCAGCAAUGAUGAUGGGGAAGAAGAGGAUCUUGACUGGGAAGACGAAGAUUUCGAGUCUUCGGAUUCUGAGAAUAGCGACGAUAUCUUGGCACAUGAUAUCUAAAAGCUCAUCCAAACCUCUUUAACAACUGGAUGUCUCCUUCCCAAUGUUCAUCUUCAUAUGCAGGAUGGUAUAUGCAUUGGUGCUUGUAACAUGGCCACGGCAAAUGAGCAAACAGUUGAUGCUUCACUUGCUGGAUUUAGUUUGUAACAUAGUAUGCCGUUUGUUGUACAUACGGAAAAAGAUGAGAAAUAUGCCAAAUUUUGCAACUUAUUAUGUGAUGAGGGUUUCUACUUGUGUAUUUGAUACGGGUAAAUUGCAAGGUUGGUCACUGAAAGUGCUAAAAUAUUCAUGUUUGGUCACUAAAAGAAUUUUAUUCCAUUCGUGGUCACUGAAAGUACUUAACGUUUCACGAUUGGUCACUCUCCGCUAGUCUCCGCCUGUCUCCGUUAACAAAGUCCUUUAUCUGCUGACGUGGCUAACAGAAUUGCCCAAUCAGCCUAAUUUAACCAGAAAAAAAGAGACCCGACCUGCCAUGUCAAAUUUCUCCCAACCAAACCCGUGAAAUGAGCUGACUUAAGAAUAACCCAAUAAAAUUAAAAUUGAAGAAACAGAGGGGCCAUUUUCCCGAUCCAUCUCCUUCUUCCCCAGACUCUUCCUCUUCCCUUUUCUGCAAAAUACGUCAGAGGCCACCGUAGUUCUUCUUCAUCGCGCCUCUUCUUCUUCCUCUAUUCCACCCCACUUAAAACACUAAAUCCACUCACAUCUUUCUUUUCUCCCACCAUCAGCUGCCGCUUCAUCAAUCAUGGCCAGACAUUGCUUGAAUCUGUCAUAGAGUCAGCGAAUCGCAACACCAACAAAAUUUGCAGAACCCAUUGUCCUUCCACCUCUGCAUCUGGUACGAAGACAUCGUCGAUGAGUCUAGAUUUUACGGGGUGAACAUGUGCGUGGGGAGAUGCUAUGCCAUCUCGAUGAGCACGACGAAUCACCACAAACACAGGUCAAACGAUUUCAGUAUCUGGGUUUCUCGGAAGCUUUAAAAGAGGCGAAGAUGAGAAGCAAGCGACGACGGCUGGCCAAGAAGAAUAUCUACUGCAAAAUCUUCCACCGCCGUUGGUGAAUCGUUAGAAGAUCGCCUCUUUGGAUCCUUAUUCUCAUACCAGAUCCCCAAUCGUGGUAUGCUAUGUUCCUGAUUCUUCCCCCCUCCAGCGUGAGCAAAACCUCAACAGCUCCCAAUCGUGGUCCACUCUGGUUUUUUGGCCAAAAGUGCAAAAAAUUGUCUUCUCCGCUCAAUUCAAGAUGGGUUUGGUUGUUCAGAUUGUCAUAAGGAGAAGUGGGUUGAGAGAAAUUUCUUGAAUCUAGGCGAGACGGAGUCUGAUUCCUCAUCCAAUAGAAAUUUCCAUGAUGAUGAUUGACGAGGCAGCAAUGAAAGGAGAAGAAGAAACUGAGAUGGAGAUUUAAAUGUGGAAGAAAAAGAAGAGGAGAGGCAGGGGUCGGGUUAUGUGGUUUGGUUGAAUUAUGUGGGGUUUUCUUAUGUGGCGGUUUUUCUUACGUGGCUGGUCAAAUUUUAUGACGUGGCAGGCUUAAAUUGGGUGAAUCAGCACUGCUGUUAACCACGUCAGCAAAAUACUAACGAUGUUAACGGAGAUGGAUGGAGACUAACGGAGAGUGACCAAUUGUGAAACGUUAAGCACUUCCAGUGACCACGAAUGGAAUAAAAUUCUUUUAGUGACCAAACGUUAACAUUUUAACACUUCUAGUGACCAACCUUGCAAUUUACCCUAUUUGAUACUGUUAUGUCAUUCAUGUCUGGUAAUUUCGUGUUGUA